AUGCACGGCGAUCGUGCCAGCCCUGGUCCUGGUAUGGGUUCGUUCGUGUGCCCACCAAUGCUGGUCCCAGGCCAGACUAUGGUGGCAGGAGGUCCCGCGUUUGCUCCUGCGCUGAACCCGCAGACAUUUCAGCAGCAGCUUUCUCAAGGAACCCUGCCUCCUGGCACAGCCCCGAGAGGGCGCACUAAAAGGAAGGUUGCUGAGACCCCAGCGCCGGCCGCAGGCUUGAAUUUGCAAGCAGUACAGGCGCUGCCUCAGAUGACCCAGAUGUUGCCAGGGAACCCUGCCAUUUCGCAGACACAGCCGGUGCCGGCGCCUGCCCCCGCCGGCAAGGCCAAGAGCGACGUCAUUCAGGGAACCCACAUGAAACACCUUGAUGAAGAUGAUUCGCAUGUCGUACUGAACGCCAUUGACGAUGAGCAGUUUAACGAGAUUGUGUUAAAGGAAUGGAACCUGACUGAGAAGCUGGACCUUGGGAGGGACAUGAUCGGCACCCUGACCAGCCGUUGGGCAGAAA